UAUCCCGCGCACGGUGACACUAAACCCAGUGAGAUGAUGAUGGUGAUGGUGAUGACAGCGCCUCUCUCCGCCCUCAGCAGGAGCAGGUUGCGUCAAACACGCUCCUCCUCUCUCUAUUGCCGCUGUAACGCUUCCCAUCCCCAUCACAGGAGCGCGGACAGGAUGGAGACCCUGCUAAACGAGUGGCUAUUGCAUGAGGACUACUGGCUUCCCCCCGGUAACCGCUGGCAGGACAUUCAGAUCGAUGAGAAGGAAGGCCGCUUUCCCAUACCGAGGGACCUCAUCUACACCUUGCCGCUGGCCCUCGCCUUUAUAGCCCUCAGAUAUGUCUUUGAGAGGCUCGUCGCUGUCCCAUUCAGCAGAUAUUUAGGUGUGAGGGAUCGGAUUCGGAUUCGAGCCGCUUCCAUCCCGAAGCUGGAGACCUUCUACAAACAGAGCAGUCGACAACCAUCGCAAAGUGAGGUGGUGAGCUUGGGGAAGCAGUGCGGACUCUCACAGAGAAAAAUCCAGACCUGGUUCAGACACAGAAGGAACCAGGAUCGACCCAGCAACACCAAAAAAUUCUGCGAGGCCUCUUGGCGGUUUGUCUUCUACCUUGUAGCGUUCACAGCCGGGCUUGGCUCUUUGAUUAAUACUCCAUGGUUCUGGGAUCACACAGAGUGUUGGAGGGAAUAUCCCAACCAGCCCGUGGCAGAGGCUCAUUACUGGUACUACAUCCUGGAACUGGGCUUCUAUUUGUCACUGCUCAUGUGCGUCUCUGUGGAUGUCAAGCGAAAAGAUUUCAAGGAGCAGGUAAUUCAUCACAUUGCCACCAUAUUCCUUGUCGGUUUCUCCUACUGUUCCAACUAUGUGAGGAUUGGCACUGUGGUGAUGCUGGUGCAUGACUCUUCUGACUUCCUUCUUGAGUCUGCCAAGAUGUUUCACUAUGCCGGCUGGACGAGGACAUGUGACUCAUUGUUUGUCAUCUUCGCUCUCGUCUUCCUCAUCACAAGGCUGGUGGUGUUUCCUGGCCGAGUGAUCUACUCAACCCUGGUGGUGUCUCAAGAAUUCUUUAAGCCCUUCUUUGGUUAUUAUUUCUUCAAUACCCUGCUGUUAGUGCUGCAAGCCCUGCACAUCUUCUGGGCAUAUCUCAUCCUGCGCAUGGUCUACAAGUUUGUGUUCUUGGGCAAGGUCGAGCGGGAUGAACGCAGCGAUGAGGAGAGUGAGGUGGACGAUGAAGAGGAGGAGCCUGAGGAAGAAGGGGACGAGUGCAGCUGGGAGCAAAGGAAGGGUGCGAUUAACUCCAAACUAGCAUCACUGGCUAACAACUGUGUCCUGAACAACCUGACCAACCAGAGGAAUAUAAACAGCAGACUGCCCAAAGCCAGAUAGUGGAUGAGCCUCUCUCCUUUACUCAUCUACCAAGCCUCAUUGGAAAAAUAGUUGUUUCCCCCACCGCCUAUUGGAGAUGAACUUAUUUCUGACAUAUGAUACAUACAUACGGCUUCUCUACAUCCAACAAGGUCCAUUGAUGAUUUCAUAUCAGGGUAGGUCUGCAUCCUUCUUAUCUUCAAAAAAGAGGGCGAAGAAGCACCAAUGAUUGUAAAUCUGCACACCCAGUGUGAGAUUAGGAAGAAACGCCAUCAUGACUGUCACAUCACUGCAUAUUGGAAAAAUGAAUUGGCAAAACAAGACAGUAAAAAAUUAUUUUCCACCUAAUAACGUGUUGUUUUUGCAGAUUUUGUAUUUAUGCCGUUUGUUUUCAUUGUAUUAUAAUAGCUUGUUUAUAAAUACCUAAGGAUAGAAACUGUGCUAUAAUUCAUUUAUCCUUUCUUUGGUCAACAAGAGAAACUAAAUGUUUUAUACAAAACCAAGCUGUUAAUAAGUGUUAUAAUGUGUUUUAAACAAACUAAAAACCUAGCUCUGUAUCCAGGUAUGGCUGACUGUACAGAGAUCAAUUAAGAACAUUGAUUGUAGUAAAUCUGUUGACAGACCACUUUAUAGACUAUUUUUAUGAGCCAUGUACUCAACAGGUAAUUUUUACAUUGUUUUAAUCUGUGGCAGAAUACAUUUAAGGUUCUUAGGAAUUAUGAAGUUAUAUUUUUCUGUGAUAGGAUUUGAUUUAGUCAGUUAGAAGAGAUGUGGCGCCCCCUGGUGACACAAAGAAGAACAAAUCCUUGUAGAGGAAACUCCCUAUGUCUGAUAAAACUAUGCCUUUAGAAAAAAAAGUACUGCUCCUAGAAAUGCAGUUUUGAAUCAGAUAUACAUGUGUGAGUGUGUGUUUUUGUUAUAUUUUCUACUUAAAGUAUAAUUAUGACGAGCAGCAUGAUUUCUCAACGAGGUUUUUGUUCAGGUUUGCUCUGCUGUACUUUAGUUUUGUGCCUUGGCUGCUGUUUUUACAUUGUUCUGUGACAAGCACUUGAUAUUCCACUCUGUGUGUUAGAAGGAUUACCUUUACUGGACGAACACAUGGACCAGGCCUUACUGUGACUUGUUUUAAUGUUUUGUUUGUAUGUUGCUGAAGCUGGCAGCACCACAUAAAAAAGUAUGGGCAUCAGAUAGACACCAGUGAAAUGUGGGAUAUUUUUGACAAUGAAGUUGUAAACAUGAGGUCAAACAGUUUAAGGCUCAGAUGAAGAAAAGCCUUAGUGAAACAGAAAGAUUUAAUCAUUUUUAUAAAAGCUGGGGGCAUAUUUUCAUAUGACUAAACUAGGCUCUAAUAUGUUACUGGGAACAAAGGGUCAUUGGAUUUAACAUGUUUUCAUCCAAACACAACUGGAACACAGAUUUGACCUGAGUCAUUGUCUGUAAUGUUGUUUGGCUCCAGGUUUAUUUGUUUGUGAUUAUCAGUGCAGUACGACACAGAGAUAUUGUUAUACAUUACCCUCAUAUGCCAUAUGUCAUUCACUACCAAAACCGGUGUUACGUUUUCAUAGGUUAGUAAUGGCAACUAUUUAGUGGUUGCUGUGUUAGUCCACACAUUGCAUCUGAUUUAAUACUAAGACAAGGUGAUAGCACUGAAACCCACAGUACAAAGUGGGAUGUAAGAUAAUGACGUUGUAGAGCACUUAAAGGGCUGAUCCACUGAAUUACACACUUAUGACCCCUCUCUUAUGAGUGUACAUGGAAGCUUUGUUGAUUGUGUGGGAAGUUGAAAAGUUUUAAUAAAUUACUUCUGUUGAAGAAAUUAGCA